GCAAGCUCGCCCGCCAUUUUAUGCGUGCCGGGAGCGCUCGCGCGCCCCUCAUAGACGUUACCGUUUACAGAAAUUUGUUUUUUUUUUAAAAAAAAAAUUUUUUUCGGGGGGUGGGGCUUCAUUCGGUAUUUCUUUUUUUUUUUUUGAGAGCCAAAAUUUUGCGCGAGAAGCCUGUCUUCCCUUAUGGCGGCGGAGAAUCAGGCCGGGCUCGCCGCAGAAGCGACGGUUUCCCUCAGCGGUGGCGACUCGGAAAGCUUCGGAGGCGGGAUGACCCGGAGGCGCCUGAGCGACCUGAGGGUGAUCGAUCUGAGGGCCGAGCUGAAGCAGCGCAACCUGGACACGGGAGGCAACAAGAGCGUCCUUCUCGAGCGGCUCCGAAAGGCUAUUGAGGAAGAAGGAGGACACCCUGAUGAGAUUCCAGUGGUGUCUGAAAUAAUCCCCAAGAAAGUGCCAAAAAGAAGCAGUAAAGGGCGGAGGCUUGAGGAAGAAGAAGUAGAGGACAACGGCCUUGAAGACGAAUCCGGAGAUGGACAGGAGGAUAUUGAUGCAAGUUUGGAUAACUUGCAGGAUAUUGACAUGAUGGAUAUUAGUGUGUUAGAUGAAGCAGUCAUAGAUAACAGCAGUGGUGUAGACUGCCGAGAGGAUAGCAGUGCUGAUAGUAGACUUGACUCCCUCUUUGACAGUAAGGAGAGUGCUGAUGCAGAAAGGCGAGGACUUCCAGAGCAGCUGACAGGAGGUGCUCUGGCUAACAUGGAGGCAGCCCUAUCCUUAACAGACAUGCCAGAAGAAUCCAGAGAAAUACCAGUAGCCAUGGAAGAGACUGAAGAGGCUAGUAACACCAUAGAUCUAUCAUCUGCUGAUUUUGCAAGCCUGAAGGAGCUUGACGAGUUUCCUUUGGAAUCAGAAAAUGAGAAAGUGCUCGACAUUUUGGGUGACACUUGUAAAUCUGAGCCCCUUAAAGAAGACACUUCCGAAGCUGAGCAGGCGCAGGAAACGAAUAAUUCAUGGCCGGGCAAACAGGAAGCCGUGGAGGAGGAGGAGGAGGAGGAGGAGGAGGAAGAAGAAGAAGAAGGAGGAGGAGAAGAAGAAGACAUGUUGGCCGCCGCCUCUCCCACCCACUCGGACGAAGACCUUGUAGAUACAGACAGCCAAUCAGGCCCAGCUGAGGCCAAGAACCAGCAGGAUGAUGCAAAGCUCUUAGUGGUAGCCAAAAGGGAGCCGAGCGAGCAGACAGUUGAGGAAGCCAAACCGGACUCGGACUCUUUAGCGGUAGAGAGCAGGAGUGGAGGUGGAGGUGGAGGUGGUGAGAGUAGCAAAGAAGCCCAAACUCUGGAAGCCAGUAGUGAGGAAACCGCGGAAUCGGACACAGGUCCUCAAGUGGUUAGUCCAGAGGCCGAGAAGAUGGAAGUGAAGGCUAAUGUUGAGGAGGAGCCCUCUUCCACUAGAGAGUCCUCUGCCCCAGAGGGUGGUGAUCAGAACACGAGCUCAAAUGAGGAUGCAGAGGCUAAAAGUGCUUCCAAAGAUGAGAAGGGUCGCUCCACUCCUAGCUCUGGCAGAAAUCUGUGGGUCAGUGGUCUUUCCUCUUCAACCAGAGCGACUGAUCUGAAGAACCUGUUUAGCAAAUAUGGCAAGGUGGUAGGUGCAAAAGUAGUCACAAACGCCCGCAGCCCCGGGGCCCGUUGUUAUGGCUUCGUCACCAUGGCUUCGUCUGAGGAAGCCACCAAGUGCAUCAGCCACCUCCACAGGACAGAGCUGCACGGGAAGAUGAUUUCUGUGGAAAGAGCCAAAAAUGAACCUGCUGGGAAAAAACUGUUACCCGAGAAGAAAGAAAGUGAAAGCAAGAAGGAAAAAGACAGGCGGCAUUCUUCCGACUCCAAAUCAGAAAAGUCUCUCAACCUUAAGGAAGAAAAAACUGACAAGAAUGAAGACCCUCAAAGAGUGGAAGAGAGCGGAGAUGAAAAGAAAGAUAAAGGAACAGAAGAACAGAAAAAUGGGUCAUCUGGACGUUCGCGAUCUGUUAAAUCAGGAAGCCGAGGAACCGAGCGGACAGUUGUUAUGGAUAAAUCCAAAGGGGAGCCGGUGAUUAGCGUGAAAACCGCAUCCACCUCCAAAGAGAGAAGCACCAAAAGCCAGGACCGCAAGUCGGAGAGCAAAGAGAAGCAAGACAUCCUGUCAUUUGAUAAAAUCAAGGAGCAGCGCGAGCGAGAACGCCAGAGGCAACGCGAGCGAGAGAUCCGAGAGACAGAACGGAGGAGGGAACGGGAGCGGAAGGAGCGGGACCAGCACUCACAGGAGACCACCGAGUGGGACGAAAGGCAGCGGCUGCAAAGGGAGCGGGACCGGCUGCACUUCCAGAGGCAACGGCUGGAGCGGGAGCGGAUGGAGCGGGAACGGCUGGAGCGGGAGCGGAUGCGCAUCGAGCACGAGCGGCGGAGGGAGCAGGAGCGCAUCCACUGGGAGCGGGAGGAGUUACGGCGGCAGCAUGAGCAGCUGCGCUAUGAGCAGGACCGCCGAUCGUCCUUGCGGAGACCUUACAACGACGAACGGCGUGACGAUGGCUACUGGCAGGAACCAAAGCGGAUGGCCAUGGAUGACCGAUACCAUUCGGACUUCAGCCGGCAAGAUCGCUUCCACAGCUUCAACCAUAGACAUCGUGGCCGAUACCAUGAUCACUUCGGGGACAGGAGAGAAAGUUCAAGAAUGGCGCCAGACCGAGAUGGACAGCACUAUCCUGACGAGAGGCACGGUGGCCCCGAUCGCCAUUCCCGGGACGGCUGGGCGGGUUACGGGUCAGAGCGGAGGCUGAGCAGAGGCCGAGGUUUACCUCCCCAAUCCCGGGAAGGGAGACACUGGGGAGAUCAUGGCCGAAAGCUGGAGGGGCAUCAAGAUCGCUCCUGGACAGGGAGUGCAGACGGAGAGAUGGAUCAUGAUCGAUGGCAAGGCGGAGAGCGGAAUGUUUCUAGCCAGACCGGGCCCGGCCAUGUAAUGAACAGAGGAGACAUACCGGGGCGUGGAGAAUUUGCACAAGACGGAUCGCAGAACCCAGUCGCGCAAGCACCCAGUAUGCCAGGCGGUUUUGCAAGUCAGGAUAGAACAACUCCGCCGGGCGACCCGCGUUUCGCUCGCCGUUAUUGAAGAUUUCCCCCCCCCCUUUUCCGUCACAACUCUUUGGCCACUCUGUGGAAUUUUGCUCCCCUGGUUAUGGCCUUGAACUGUUGUUGCUGAAACAGAAGCCCACCACAGUAGCUUGCAGAUGAUGUGAACUUAACCGUGGUUUUUUUUUUUUCUCUGUGUGUGUAUGUGUGUUUCCUCCCCUUCCCGGCUCUGGGUUCUUACCGGGACACCAUUCAGUUGUUUCGCAGGAAACAUUCCAUUUUCCACAAAUAAUAAAUCUUACUGUAUUGA